CAGAAAAACAAUGAUGGUGUUAUUGGUGGUGAUGAUGGCUACCCUGGGAUCCACCAUGGCUGUUGUGUAUCAAGUUGGUGAUUCUGUUGGAUGGACUUUCAACUAUAACUAUGAACAAUGGGCUUCUUCCAAGAAUUUUCAACUCGGUGAUGUCCUUGUUUUCAAUUACAACCCACAACUGCACAACGUGAGGCAAGUGAACAAGACCAGCUUCGACUCCUGCACUGAUCACGAUCCAGUUGCCAGCUUCUACACCGGCAGCGACUCACUCACCCUCAUGACUCCGGGCGAUUACUACUUUUUGUGUGACAUUCCUGGUCAUUGUGCUUCUGGACUCAAAUUUCACUUCAAAAUCGCUAUGCCAGCGACUCCCGGGGGUACUAAUACUAAUACUCCACCGGAAAGUACAACUCCUCCUCCUGCUCCAAAGGGUUUUUCUUAUUUUCCUGGUUCUGCGGGUAUCACUCCUACUAGAAGCAAUGCUUAUUCAUCCAAAUGGUUACCAAUGAGCAUGUUAUUGCCAUUGUUUCUUGCUAGCUCUAUGCUUCUAUGCAUGGUUUAGACAUUAAAUUGAUGUUUGUUUUGCAUUUGGAAGAGUUCUAGGUAGUCGUCAUUUAAUAGUAUUAUUUUGUGAGUUUUCCACCAUUUAUUGUUAUCUAUGUAGUGAAUUAAUAGUAUUAUUUUGUAACUGAGUUUUCUACCAUUUAUU